CUUUGACUGGGCUCCUGUGUCUCCUCCUCUCUGAUUGGGUUACCUAACUCCUGCCGGGAAGCGCUUCCUUAGCAACUGGUUGCCCUGGGAAACGGGAAGAUGCAGUCCCACUGACCACAUUCCUGGCAAAUUCCUAGCACCUACUAGCGGUCAAAGGCGCCAGAGAACUAUGUCGGAGAUCCUGUGCCAGUGGCUCAACCGGGAGUUGAAGGUGUCCAGGACCGUGAGUCCUAAGUCAUUUGCAAAGGUAUUUUCUAAUGGCUAUCUAAUUGGAGAAGUUCUGUACAAGUUUGAACUUCAGAGUGAUUUUGCAGAAUUUUCAGAGAGCAGGGGUUCCACUGCCAAACUUAACAAUUUCUCCCGCUUGGAGCCAACCCUCCACCUGUUGGGUGUGCAGUUUGAUCAGAAUGUGGCCCAAAGUAUCAUCACAGAGAAGCCAGGAGCAGCAACAAAACUUCUCUAUCAAUUGUACAUUGCUCUUCAGAAAAAGAAGAAAACCGGGCUGACUGGAUUAGAAAUUCAAACCAUGCAACCCCAGACAAACCUAAGGCUUCAAGCACUCAAAAGUGAGGCUUUUCGAGAGCAACGUUUAAAUAGAAGACGACAAAAUGAGAUAAUGGCCAAAAUCCAAGCCGCCAUUAUACAGAUCCCUAAGCCUGAACCAAAUCGAACUUUGAAAGCACUAGAGGCUCAGAAACUGAUGAAAAAGAAAAAGGAGGCAGAGGAUGUGGCCAAUGAGAUUAAGAAAUUCGAAGCACUAAUAAAAAAAGAUCUCCAAGCCAAAGAAAGCGCAUCUAAGACUUCUCUAGAAACAACAGACCAGACAGCUACCGAUUUGUUAAACACUUAUUCCGAUGAUGACUACAUUAAAAAGAUCCAGAAACGCCUAGAAGAAGAUGCUUUUGCACGUGAGCAAAGAGAGAAAAGACGGCGGAGGUUGUUGAUGGACCAGUUAAUAGCCCAUGAAGCACAGGAGGAGGCCUAUCGGGAAGAACAGUUGAUCCACCGGCUGAUGCGGCAGUCCCAGCAGGAGCGCAGGAUUGCGGUGCAGCUCAUGCAUGUCCGGCACGAGAAGGAAGUUCUGUGGCAAAAUCGAAUUUUCAGGGAGAAACAAUAUGAAGAAAGACGACUAAAGGAUUUCCAGGAUGCUCUUGAUCGAGAAGCGGCUCUCGCCAAACAAGCCAAGAUUGAUUUCGCAGAACAAACCCUGAGGGAAAAAGAAGCCCAUGAGAAGAUCGCUGUGGAAAGAGCUCAAGCACGCUUUGAGAAGCACUAUGGUAUAUGUGCAGAAAUACUGGAUCAAAUCCUUGAUCUGUGCACUAAAGUGGCAGACUACAGGUUGCUGACAGAUAAUCUUAUUCCACAUAAGAUGAUGCAUGAUUGGAAAGAACUCUUUUUUAGCGGGAAACCCAUCUAUGAACAGCCUUCUCUUAAAAAUGGGAUUACAGAACCCACUGAGGGACAUCUUAUAGAGCUGGACAAAAAGAACUUGCUUGAUAAAAAUGAUUAUGAAGAAUAUAAGAACAUGGUUGGAGAGUGGGCCUUGCCAGAAGACAUGGCUAACAGCUCUCCACCCUCCAACAAUCACAUACUAGGACACGUGCUUCAAAGAUUAAUUGAAAAGUCGAUCCCUUCUCAAGAUGAUGCCGCAGAAACUGAAUUGCCGUCCUAUGCUGUGAAGGGAUGCUUUCUAGGGAAGACACUCAGUGGCAAAACUACUGUUCUAAAGUAUCUACAAAAAGAGUUUUCUAUUCGAGUACUUUCUAUUGAUACUCUUGUCAAUGAAGCUAUCCGGGCAUUUAAUGACAAUGAACAAGCCAGUGGGCUAAGACCAGUUCGGAGAGAAAACAAAGGAGAACCUCUGUUGGACCCUAAAGAAAUUAGCAAAAUACAGGAUCCAAAUGCGUUAUCAGUUCCUGCAGUUUCAGGGAAAGUGACACCCAAAAAAGAAGAUGUCAUGACUGAUGAAGAUGAAUAUCUCAAACCAAGCGAUAGUUUUUUAAAUCUUAGUUUGCGAGCUCAACUUGGUGCAAAAUCAGAACAGUUGCUUAAAAAAGGAAAGAGCGUUCCAGACAUAUUGCUGGUUAACAUCAUGGUAAAUGCUAUUAAAGAGAUACCCGCUAACAAAAGCUGGGUAAUUGAUGGGUUUCCAAUGACAUUAAAUCAAGCUCAGCUCCUGGAAGAAGCACUGACAGGCUACAAAAAAAAAUUCAUGGAGGCAGAGAAAAAAAAAGCACAAAUGCCCACGCUAGCCUUGGGCCCGACUCCUUCCAAGGAAGUCAUUCCUAUCCCAUCUGCAUUCGAUUUUGCCAUAUUAUUAGACAUUUCAGAUAGCUUAUCACUGGAUCGCAUGAAUGAUAUCAUUGCCAAGGAACUCUCACGUGAAAUUUCUCAUGAAAACAUUGCUCAACAAGAAGUUUCUACAUCCCAAGAAAGAGAUGGAGACAAUAACUUACGAGACCAGAUACACCAUAGAAUUGUUGGCUUCUUGGACAACUGGCCAUUGCUGGAAGAGUGGUUUACAGAGCCACAAAAUAUUUUGACAAAAAUAAAUGCAGAAAUAGACGAAGGGACUUUAUGUCAGAGAGUAAAAGAAUUUUUUGCUAAUGAAAUAGCAAAUAAAAAGAUAAAAGUUGAAAAGAAACUAGAAGAAAAAGAAGCCGAGAAGAAGGCAGCAGCCUAUGGAGCUGAGGCUCCGACCGCCAGUCCUCCCCUUCCCUCUGAAGCAGAAAAGGACAAGGAGAUGCAUCUUCAUCGUGAGCCAUCAAAACUUUCUCCUGGGAAAGGAAAGACACCCGCAGAACUCCAGCAUGGUAAGCAAGACUCUCAACAUGAAGUGAAAGGAAAGAAAGUUUCUCCUAAAGGGAAAACACCAGGAGGCAAAAUACCAGUAAAGAAGUCACCUGCUGGCUCUGCCGAAACAUCACCCACACCAACAGCCCCACCACCACCUAAGCCGGGAUCGGAAGAAUGGGUCUAUGUGACAGAGCCUAUACCUGAGGAACUACCGUCAUUUUUACUACCUUACUGGGAACUAAUAGAGAAGUCCUACAUAAACCACGUCAAAACAGUACUUCGAUAUCUUAGAGACAACCAACACACUAUCCUUUCUUAUUUAUAUGAUACUAGAACCAGUUUCCAGGAAUUUCUCAGGCGUCCAGAUCACAAGCAAGAGUUUGUAGCUCAGUGGCAGGCUGAUUUCAACUCUGUUCCCGAAGACCUGUGGGAGGACGAGGAAACCAAGGCAGAACUACACCAGCGAGUGAACGAUCUACGAGACCGCCUGUGGGACAUCUGCGAUGCCAGGAAGGAGGAGGCAGAGCAGGAGAGGGUUGAUAUCAUUAAUGAGAGCUGGCUCCAGGACUCUGUCGGAAUAACAAUGAAUCACUUCUUUUCCCUGAUGCAGGCAGAAGUGAACCGUUUCCAAGACACCAAAAGACUCCUCCAAGAUUAUUACAGAGCAAUGGAAUCCAAAAUCCCACUAGAAGACAGUAAGAAAUUUACUCGGAUCCCAUUGAUUCAGGUCGAUAGUAGAGACAUUUCAGAAAACCAACUUAGAAUUCCUCUAGUUCCUCGAAUAUCCGCUUCUCCGGAAAAUGUUACCAUCAAACCAAAGUUGAAAGCAUUACUGAAGGGCAAGAUCGAUCCCACAUUAGAAGGCUUGGAAUCUAACUUUGAGGUAGAUGAGAAGAUAGUUAUGGACACCUGGCAGCAGGCUUCCUUAACCAUCUCCCACAUGGUGGCUGCUGAAGUCCACCAAAGGCUGAUAGAAGAAGAAAAAAAAGAAUCACCCCCACUGGAUUCCAAAGAAAAGUCUCCUCAGUCCGGUGCAAAUAAAAAAGCCAAGAAGGAGAAGGAGGCUCCCAAGAAGAAAAAGGCAGAAAAGAAAGGAAAAGGAAAGUCGUCACCUGUGGCAGAGGUCAGCCCCAUCACAGUCUCUCCUGAGGAACUAGCCGAAAUGGAGAGGAGGAAUGAGCUGAAACUCAAGAUUAAGGAAGAACACCUUGCCGCCCUGCAGUUGGAAGAAGCAGCCACGCAAUUUCGACUUGAACUAAUAAAGACAAAAGCUUUGGCUGUCCUUGAAGAUUUAGUAACAAAGGUGGUUGAUGUCUACAAGUUCAUGGAAAAAUGGCUUGGCCAGAGAUAUCUAAAUGAAAUGGCCAGUAUAGAGAAAUUGACUGAAGUAGCUCGCUACUACAUUGAAACAUCUACAAAAAUUCAAAAUGAGAUUUAUUUAAGCCAAGAAGACUUCUACAUCAAUGGAGACAUAAAAGUCUUCCCAGAUGCUGUCCCACCGACCCGUCCUCCACCAGUAGAAAAGGAAGAAGAUGGCACCCUGACAAUCGAACAGCUUGACAGUCUCCGAGAUCAGUUCUUAGAUAUGGCACCGAAAGGCAAAGACUCUUCAGAUGCCGUGACUAAAGUCACCAGAAAGCAGAAAAAGGCACGGAAACUUGACUACUACCUACCAGAAAGAAACCAUCAGUUUUUGAAAAUCUGGCUCAAAAAGUACCCUUGGCUUGUAUACGAUGAGCUAUUAAACAUUAUGUUCUGUGCUCUGUGUCGUAAGCACGGGGUGAAGUCGGGGGGAAGUCAAGUGAGUUUUUUCUACGGCACAGACAACUUCAGGGCUGAAUUUCUCAGUGCCCACCACCUUAGUGAAGCCCAUGCCAAGGCAUCUCUGAUGGAAGCGACAAGUGGUUCUCCAGUGAACAGAGCUGCCACUGAGAUAGUGGUAAGGACCAUGAGCAAAGUUACUCUUGGGAGAGUAGAGAACCUAUUUAGAUCAUGUCAUGCCCUAGCGAAGACUGGACGGCCCCUCAAAGACUUUCUUUGGAUGUGUAAGCUGGAUGAUAUGAAGGGUGUCGAUAUAGGCCCAGUCUUCAGAACUAAUAAAUCAGCAAGAACAUUCACACAUUACAUUGCUGAAGUCGAAAGAAAAAAUCUAAGAGAAAAACUAGAAAAAAGUAAAUUUUUCUCGGUCAUCAGUGAUGGAACUAUAGACAGUUUAGCCGAGGAAGUCACAAUGGUCUAUGUUCAGUUUGCACAUGCAGGAAAAGUGCAAUGUCAGAUUGUCGGGGUACAGUCAGUAGAACAGAAGGACCCCUUGACAAUAAAAACUGUUAUUGAGAAAACUCUAGAGAUGAAUCUUCAACUUAGGCUGUCAAGCCAUGACUGGGCAAAAAAGUUAGUUGGUUUUGGAAGCAGUGAUUCCCCUGGAAUGGAGGAAGAAAACCGAGUGGCCCUGCUUUUGAGAGAAAUACAGCCAUGUGUGCAAAGUGUGUAUUGCUUUGCACAUCACCUAGAAAUGGCUUAUAAAACAGUGUUCCAGAGUGUCCCUCUGUACCACGACCUCACGGGCCUCCUUACCAAUAUUUACCACUUCUACCGCCACUCUCCGCUUCUGAGGAAUUCUCUCAUAACUGCCUUCAGAGACCUCCACCUUAGACCUGUGAUGCCUUCUCAAAUCAGAGGCAGACAGUGGCUUCAAGAACUACAGGCUGCCCUCCAGAACUUUCUAAAAGGAUACCCAGCAAUUGUUCAGCAACUGCAUUCAGCUGAUGAAGGCAAAAAUGAUACCGACCAACAGAAAGCCAGUGAACUUCUAGAUCUUCUUCUCCAAGCUGAUAUCAUCAAAUUUGCUCAUUUCUUGAUGGACAUCAUUAGUGUCCUUAGCGUUCUGUCCCGUGCCAGUCAGAACAGGAAUUCUUCAAUUGCAGAUAUAUUUACUACCUUGGAGUCAACACUGAAAAUGCUCCAGAUCUAUCAAUCAAGACCAGGGCCAAAAGAACGCAGGGUGGAUUCAGCCACACACUUUCAUGGUAACUGCCUCCAGGGGAAAGAAAACAUCUCUACCGUGAGAAAGGUGGUUUUAACACAUCUUAUCAAGAGGCUGCAAGACUGUUUCAGAGAUGCCAGCCUAGAUGUGGUGAGAGCAACCAUGAUUGCAAGCUUUAAACUGUGGCCCGCAAAGAUAAAUCAAGAAUUUGGAGAAAAAGAGAUAUCCAUUCUGAUCUCACAUUAUGAACCAGUUCUAGAAGCUGCCAAUGUGAAAACUGACGAAGUAGAUACCGAGUGGAGCAUGUUAAAAUUAGAAAUAUAUGCCAGAUUUCAGAACGUUCGGAAGCUGACCUGGGAUUUUGUAAACUCCAUUUACUCACAUAAAUAUCCAAAUAUCCUGACGCUCGUUGACUUAGUUCUGGCCCUCCCUGCAAGUUCAGCAGAACCAGAACGUGGAUGUAGUCAGAUAAAACGCUUCCACUUGCACAUGGAUGAGAAAACCAAGGCUGAGAGCUUGACAGACAUCCUCGUCAUUCAGCUGAACUCUCCAGACAUCAGCAGCUUUGACCCUAGGAAAGCUAUCCGUUUGUGGACUACAAGAACGCAGUCCUCAGCUGCUCACGUGGGACCUGAUCUGGACAGCUCCUCGAUCUCAGAAAGCCAAGAUGAAAGAGACGAGUGAUGCUGCUUACGUGAUGUCGGCUUUGUUACUGAUCGCAACAAAACUAAAGAAAUAACCUUCAAAAUAUUUAAAGUAAAGUAGCAGCCAGUCUUUGCCUCAGAGGCAAAAGACACUUGGCAUUUUCCAAAUGUACAAAGAAAUACAAAGCAAAAGAAAAAAAAUUCAAAAUCACUUUUGUUUUGCUUCUGUUCUGUGUUUGCAUGGUUUGAUUUCAAUUCCUGGGGUGAAGGCUGGUACUCCUAAGCAGCAUUUCAACGUCAUCUUUCUGAGAAGUUUCUCGAAGGCUGAGUAGACUGAUGCUCUUCGCUUGCUCAGACUUGCCAGACAACUGACUCUGGUUCCUGGAUACUUCUGAAGUCUAGUUGCCUUGAGUAAUUCACCAUGCCAAACUGAUGGAAUUCUUUUUAAAUUUAUCUCUGAACAAAUAUUGUCACUGAAACUGUUAUCGAUAGUGUCUGAAAGGAUCAUAUGCCUAAAUGCCUUGGGCAGCUGAGUAACAAGGUCAAAUGUUAAGAAGGCUUUCACACUUCACACUAAGAUGCCCGUAUGAACAAAUCCUAGGUGAACCGAAAAUAGCAAAUUUUGCAACAUUUUGUUUCCUAAUGUCGCCAUGAGAACAUAUUAUACAAUGGCUAGAAUUUUAAGUGCUUUGCUUCUCUUGGCAGUUUUAGUAGAUUUUAUUUGUGGUUCCAUCUUAAAGAACAUGUUUGAUUUAUUUAUAAUAUCUGAAACUCAGUGUGGCAUCAUAUAAACUUUUAUUUACAGGGAAACAUUUUACCCUGGAAAAAUGUUCUCAUGACUAAUAUUAGAUGCUUCUGUGAAGUCAAAAUAAUAUAAAGUUCAUCUCUGAAUUACCUGUGGAUGUUUAAUUAUACCAAAAGAAUAAGGGUGAACUCCUGCUAAUCAUCGUAUUGCCUUACAAGUCUUACAAAAAUCCAUGUGGUUUGAAACAUCGACAUUUCAAAGGGAUAACUGCAUGUUCCUAGGGGUUGGAAGAAGCAGUGUGGUUCAUGUGGACUCGGUGAUAUGAUGAAAACUCAGACAUAAAAGGAAACCUUAGAAUGUUAUGUCUAAUUCACCUUUGUUACUCCUGAAAACGGAAUAGUUCUAUACAGUGUACCUGACUAAUACUUGGAUGUAUAUAACUGGUCUCCCAUAAUUCU